UUGUCGCUGAAAGAAUGUGUUCAUUUCUCUUUUAGGUUCCUUGACGUAAGAAUCGCGAACAUGGCAGAGGCAGAUGAAACUCAGAAGAAGAAGAGGACCUUUAGGAAAUUCACUUUCCGAGGGGUCGAUCUUGAUCAACUCCUGGAUAUGCCAAAUGAACAACUGAUGGAUUUAAUGCAUGCUAGAGCACGUAGACGCUUUUCUCAUGGCCUGAAAAGAAAGUCUAUGGCUCUUGUCAAGAAGCUGCGCAAGGCUAAGAAAGAGACUCCACCCAACGAGAAACCUGAAAUUGUGAAGACACAUUUGCGUAACAUGAUUAUCGUUCCAGAAAUGGUUGGCUCAAUUGUUGGUGUGUACAAUGGCAAAACUUUUAACCAAGUUGAAAUCAAACCAGAAAUGAUCGGCCAUUAUCUUGGAGAAUUUUCUGUUACAUACAAACCUGUUAAACAUGGUAGACCUGGUAUUGGUGCUACCCAUUCUUCACGAUUUAUUCCACUCAAAUAAAAUGUAUUUGUUUAUCUUAUACUAAUAAAUUAUCAAAAAUUGCUUUCAAAUGA